AUGCAAAAUUUUAAGGGAUCCUUGGCCAUGUCAAAGGAUGAUUAUAUAUUAAAAAUGCUCCAGACUUCAUCUAUUCAUGUUCAUCAGAUAUCGUCCGAAUAUGGAUCAAAACGUCAACCGAUAUUUGAGCGCCGACACUUGACUUCGAGUCCAAUAUCUACACUAGCAAAUGCAAAAAGUCUUCCUCAUGUUCAAUGUAUUACGAAUGGGGCAUUAGCGGGAUCGAUUAUCGGAACAUUAAUAUUUUCAUGUUUUGUGGCAUUUUUAACAUAUCUUGUCUAUUUAAGACCAAAAUUUCAAGAACUUCAUUCUUGGAAAUCAAAUUGUCUAAAAAGCAUCUCACCCCAAUUUAAUUCAGCCGAUGUUACAUAUGAUAAUUAUUUCCAGGCUAAUCAUAAUAAUUCACGUCCACAAACUAAAAAGCACGUACAACAACAACAAAUUCGCAAUGACACAUUAACAAAUGGAAUAUUACCACUUGAGGUUACCGAUGCAAAAUUUGGUACAUAUCCAUUUCGACAUAUACUGCCUUCAACUGCUCAUCACCACCAUCGUAAACGUCAAGAUGAUAACACAUUGGCACCGACUUCAGCUCAAUGGUUACAUCGAACAUCAUCAUUUCGUUCAAUGAAUAUCGAUCAAGACAAUGAACUCAUUGAAGUUGAAUUAGUCAGUCCCGAUUUAAGUGGUCUUGGAUUUAAUAUUGUUGGAAAUAUGAGAGCGGGUAUUUACGUCAAAGAUAUAUUCGAUAAAGGACCAGCAAUUGAGUCCAACUUAAUUAAAUCAGGUGAUCGUAUUAUGUCAGUAACAGUGUGUUUUGAAUCGAUUGUAUUUGAAGAUGCACUUACAAUACUUAGCUAUGCGUCACCGUAUCCCGUUUUACUUCGUUUACAUCGAUCAUUACAAAAUUUAAAACGUACAGCAAAUACAAAACCACAAGUCACUUGGCGAGAUGAUUUUGAACGAGAUGAUAACGAAAUUCAGACGAAAAAUGAACCAAAAAAACGUGUAGAACAAAUUACUACAGAAAAAUCUAGUCAAAAUAAAUCUAAAAAGACGCAACAACAAUCUUUACCAAAUCAACAGCAUCAGCCACGUCGCUCAUCAACAGCGCAUGAUGCUCAUGCAACAACAACAAAAAAUACAUCAAAAGGUAAAACUGUCCCGUCGAAACGGGUAUCUCAGUCUGCGCGAGCUCAACGAGAAAAGUCACAUGUCCCAUCAACAACAACAAUUGGUGCGUUAGUGACGGGAAUAACAACAUCGACUGCAGCAAAAACAACCGUGACGAAAUUAAAUCCAACUAAAAAAAUGAAAUCUGUAACAGAUGCUGUUAUAUCCUAUUUACAUUAUAAAGGAAAUGGAAUAGGAGGACAUAAUUCGCAAGAUCCAAAUGCUUCAGAAGCAAAUAUAACACCAUAUUAUGAUUCACCAUACGAUUGUUAUUAUGGUGGAGGACUAAAUUCUCGGACAAAUUUGAAUAAGAAUAAUAACAAUAAUUCGUUAGAUUUUAUACCAACAAUCUAUACUGUUCAACUCACACCACCUAAACAAUUUCUUCAUUCCUAUCAUAUUCCAAGAAAAUGUCAACGACGUUUAUCUAAACAGAAUGUUAUUCAAAAUGAAGAAUUGAAUUCAAUACAUAUCGAAGAUACAUCAGUUGAUGAUACUUAUAUUUAA